AUGGCGAGUACUCUGAAAAUAGGGAGCAUCUCCCACCACAGUGCAGGGCUGGAAGCAGCUAGUUCAGAGAGUAGAUGCUACCAGCCUGUGCGUGAUCGACGAUGGCGUUUUAAGGGUGAGAGAAAACCGACGUGGGUGUCAUGGGAAGUUAUGACAAGACCCAAAUAUCUUGGAGGUUUAGGGUUCAGGAAUCUUGAACUCUUUAACUUGGCACUCCUGGCACGACAGUCUUGGAGGGUGCUACAGGACCCUUCGUCUUUGAGCUCUAGGAUCCUCAAAGCGUCGUAUUACCCUGACAGGUCACUCCUAAAUGCAGAAAUUGGGUCAAGACCGUUCCAGAUCUGGCGGGCAAUUCUUGAAGGCAGAGAUAUUCUCAAACAAGGGUUAAUUCGAAGGAUAGGGAAUGGCCAAACGACGAGUAUUUGGGACCAUAACUGGAUACCCAAAGAAUCAUCAUUGCGACCUAUAGUGUCCCUUGUACAAGACCCACCAGAGAGGGUAGCGGAACUCAUGCUACCAGCUAUGGCUGCAUGGAAUGAGCAGCUGGUUCGAUUUGUGUUCCUGCCUACGGAUGCAGAGGCGAUCUUAAGGAUCCCAGCAAUACACGAAGGCGUUUUUCAGUCUCCUAUGCAAACGUCUUCCUUUGUGAACUCCUAUAUCAGUGAGCUGGAUCAAAUUGCUAAUACGGAAACCAAGCCAGUUAUGGGAAUUCAGCAUCAGGUGGGCCCAAGACAAUGGCUUCUUUCACCUAGUGGAGUGGCAAAGAUUAAUGCUGAUGGUGCAGUUGCACGCAACAUGCGCGGUGGGGCUGUCGCCGCUGUGUGCCGAGAUCACACCGGAGCUUAUUUGGGGUCCUCGGCUGUUGUCUUCCGGGACACAAGAGACCCGACAGUUUUGGAAACGUUUGCAUGCAGAGAAGCACUAUCACUUGCAGAGGAUUUACAUGUUCAGAACCUGAUGGUAGCAUCUGACUGUCAGGGAGUUGUAAAUGACAUAGUUCAUGGAACGGGAGACAGUAUGCAUGUUGAAAGAAUUAGUAAUAGUGGGGAGCAACUUCUUAAAAAUGCCAAAGGUGACGCGCUCUUCCCCGCCGCGCUCGUCUCGCUUGGCCUUCUAGGGGUUAUCUCCAAGGUCACUCUGGCGCUGGAGCCGAGGUUCAAGAGAAGCGUGACCUACGACUACAGGGACGACUCCACCUUCCAGGACGACUUCGCGAACCACGCCGCGCGCCACGAGUUCGCCGACAUCGCCUGGUACCCGUCCCAGCACCAGGCCGUGUACAGGCUCGACGACCGCGCGCCGCUCAACGCCACCGGCGACGGGGUCAACGACUUCAUCGGCUUCCGCUCCACGCUUAUCGCGGUCUCCCAGGGGGUCAGGGCGCUGGAGACCGCGCUGGAGGGGUCGAGGAACGUCAAGGGCAAGUGCGCAAUGGCCACGGCGGAGAUCGCGGCGAAGCGGCUGAUCGGCAACGGGCUGCGCCGAAAGGACGGGCAGCCGUUCACCGGCUACCCCGUCGUGGGGUUCCAGGGCAAGAUGCAGACGUCGGGCUCCUGCGCGCGCCCGCCGGCCUCCAGCCCGCUCACGGCGUGCGCGUGGGACCCCAGGUUCAAGGGGCUCUUCUUCUACGAGAGCACGGCCAUCUUCUCGCCGGCGCGGUUCCGGUCCUUCGUCCUCGACGUGAAGAAGCUGCGCGACCUCAACCCGGACGGCAUGUGCGGCGUGGACGUCUACAAUGGCCUGCUGGUCCGGUUCGUGCGGAGGUCGGAGGCGUGGCUGGGCCAGCCGGAGGACUCCGUGGUGGUGGACUUCAACUACUACCGCGCGGCGGACCCGUCGGCGGCGCGGCUGAGCCAGGACGUGUGGGAGGAGGUGGAGCAGCUGGCGUUCGUCAAGCACGGGGCGCGCCCGCACUGGGCCAAGAACAGGAUGGUGGCCUUCCGGGGCGUGCAGGGGAAGUACCCGGGAUGGGCCAGGUUCGCCGCGGCCAAGCGGCAGCUGGACCCGCGGGGACUGUUCGACAGCCCGUGGUCCGAAGACGUCGUCGGCGGCAAGGAGCUCAGUAAGGACGAUGGGUGCGCGCUGGACGGGCGAUGCGUCUGCUCUGAGGACAGACACUGCAGCCCGGGGCAAGGGUACUACUGCGGAACGGGGCUUGUGUUUUCAGAGGCCAGGGUAUGCAGGUACUCUGCCUCGCAGCUUGUAUAG